ACUCCCUCGGCAAGGCUGGAUCUGAGCGGCAGGAGGAAAAGAAGGGAAGGAAGAGGAGCAGCGAGCAGGGAGGACGAGGAGGGGGCAUGCCACUCACGUUGUAGCACAGACGGCUGGCACUACGGAAAACAAGAGUGCCUCUCAGCCGUGCUGGCGAGGGCAAUCGCAGAAGCACUUGGAAAGCGAAGUGGGUUGGCCAGAUCUGUGUGGCCAGCCGAAUACGGGCACAAAACGCGCGAUCUUCCUCGGCGGGAAGCCCCUCUACCCAGCGGCGGCUCCCGGCAGGUAGAGCGUCUGGUGGGGGCUGCCGAAGGUUCGCGCGCCAGCGUCGAAGUGACACCUCCGGACCUCCAGGUUGCGGGGCUCGGGCCCCUCGCGGCGGAGAGUCCGGUGGAAGUACUGGCCGUGGCCGACGACGGCCACCCGCUCCUCGGGCCGCUCCGCCAGCCACGACAGGAACCGCCCGAGGCGGCGCCGGUAGGACCAGUCCACGAGGUACAGUCGGGCGGCUUCAGCUCCACGAGGUCCUCGCUCUCCACGACGGGGGGUCCAAGGCCCUGGCCGAAGAGCUCGCGGCAGGUGCGCGCCGCGCGCUGCCGGGAGCUGUGCACCACGAGCUCGAUGCCCUCGCGCCUCAGGAAGUCCGCGCCGCCCGGGCGCUCCCGAGCGCGGCGCACCUGUUCCACCCCCGAUCGAAAGGACUACCACGCCUGCUCGGAUGCUGAUGUGUUUUGUGUGCCAAGCGCAGGUAGAUUUCGCCCUCCAGGGGCUCCUCAGCCGAAAUGGCACUGCACAGAAGCAUCGGAUGAAAGGUCGCUCGCACGUAUUUGCGCACCCGUUCCACCCCAGCAUCGGACAGCGGCGCGUCCAGGUCGCACAGGAGCAGCCUGGAGGCGGCGCAGAGGUCCUGGCCCCGUGGCAGGGACAGCGAGGCAAGCCGCGAGAGGACGGCGCCGGCGGCGCACCCGGACGUUCUCCCUCGACUCCGCGUGCCUGAUCAGGUACACCAAUUUGGCGCCAUGCUGCGGCCAAUGCUGGGCACUCGGGUAGCGCAUGAGCGCGGUGGGCACUCGGCCAUCCACCCCGCGCAGCCCGCGCACGGGGGGGCGGCCACGGACCCGAGCAGACACUGCUUGAGCCAAAGUGGCU